AUGUCGCCGAGGCUGAAUAGCUUUGCUCGGCCCCUCUCUAAUUGCCACUUUCAGGCAGAUGUUUGGAUCGGGAUGGAGGCGGCCUCAUAUGGGACAAUGGAAAGGGCCAUGGUUGGCUCUGCGGAGAGCGCGCACGACGGCGAACUCCCAGACGGCGCAUUGCUCGAAACGGUAGUCUAA